AUGAAACGUUCAGCCCGAGCCAAGCCGCCGGCUAAGAAAAAGAAGGCACGGACAGUGCAGCAACCGACCGACUGGUCAAUAGGGUCAACACAUACAAUGCCCAACCCACAACCAGAGGUCCUGCCACCAAGCCCAGCAGUGCCUGCCGCUCAGCCUAUGCCACCACAGCCAGUGCAUCACCACAUACCAGAGAUCUCUAGUGACGAGAAUAAAUCACUGCUAAGAAAAGGAGUUUACAACACAUAUUCGCACGAUAACAAACACGCAGCCGCUACACUAAACACGUGUUUAGUUAUAUUUGUGUUUGUCGGACUUUGUCAAAGUGUAUCUACAAGUGAAGAACUGAAUAUAUGUACAUUUGAGUUACAACCAGGUUCGUGCUCUCUCAAAUGGGACACCAAAGAUAAAGAGAGCACUCAUGUUAUUGUCAACGGCUUUGAUGUAGGUGCUUGCACGCAGAAAUUCAUUGAGAUAGGCGGCUCGUAUCUGUAUGAAAAGAAAGAUCAGACCCUGUAUAAUUGUACAUCUACACCAGACGGACAAUGUCUUCUAAAGAUAAAGAAGAUGAUCAGUGAUCCAUUACGUAUAAACAUCACUUCAGAAUCGAGCGGGUUGAAAAGUAUCGCCGUCGGAGACAACGCACUUACUGGAUGUAUAAAUCCAAACAACACCUAUAUUAUCUUAGAAGCCGGUGGAUACCCAUGCUCAAAUGCCUGCUCAGAUUUCGCACAUACUAUGGAAGGCCUAAUCGUGGUAUCGGCAAUUGUGAUAACGGGAUACCAUUAUUUAUGACAUGUCAAGGUCAUGCAUUCGUAAAUUUUGUUAUAUCGAUGAAAUAUAAUGGUGUGUAAGUACAUAAAUAUAUAUAUAUAUAUAUUAAUAAACAAAAAGGUAGAUAAAUA